AUGCGCGUUUUCGCCCUGCUCAGUCUUGUUUCCCUCGCAGCUUCACUGCCUGCUUCGGUCAAUCUCGUCGACCAAGGUGCAGCCAUCAGCGUCCUCGAACGUGAAGUUGGGCCUGUUGAGAUCCGCGCUCCUGUUGAGGAGCCUCUACAUGGGUCUUCCGCCCUUGUUGCCAGAGCUCUCUACGACCAAACCGUUGCAUGGCCUGAGACCUCAGUCGACCUCGGCAACUUGAGUUUUCAGGUCAGCGUCACCAACUUGAACAACGGAAAAUACAGAAUCAACUGGUGGAAUUCGGACGCUCGCAAUUCGCAACGCAAGAUCAAGCUCACUUUCAACUCUGGUAGCGGCGCUCGUUUGUACGACGUUGUUACGUCGACGCAGACUCGUGGCUCUGCCGAAGUUACCAAGACCGAUUCUACCUUCCGCGUCAUCUUCGAUCAGGAGUGA